UGAUAACUUCACUCUUAUUGGGCCAAAGAUGUGGACUGACGUCCUGCCAUGCUUCAGCUAGCUGUGAUGCACACUGGUAGCCCUGGGCUAGCCUGGGGUCUGUCCUUUGCAUGGAAGCAGUUCCUGGGUGGGUUGGUUCUCUGCUUUUUCGUCUCAUGUCAGCUGCCUGGCCUUCUUAGUUGCUCAUCAUUUUUUCUUAGAGUCUUUCCUUGUCUGCCUCCAUACUUCAUCAGAUGCCUUAGCCUGGCUCUGCACAGAGUUGCAGAGCAUGCAGGUUCACGGUCUGGUCCAGGCAGUCAUCAGCCAUGCGACCUUAGGUGAUCUACAUGACCUUCCUCUGUAAAAUGGGGCUGUGGCAUGCAAGGUGUGGGAAUGUCAAAUGAGUAACAGCAUUUAAAACCUCGGCAUGGUUUGCAGGAUUCUGGUGCCUGUUGAACUGGGCCCUCUGCACUUGUCAACAAUGUUGCCAGUGCUUUGUGUAGCUGGUUUUUAUCUAAGUCUUAACCCAGGUUACUCUUGGAUACUCUACAAAGUUUGUUCCUUUUUCCUAAGACAGUGACUUCUACACCCGCUUUUCACGUUGUACUUCUCAUUUCUUACUGUUACUGUCUGGAGGGUGGUGGCCCUAGUCGGCAGCAUGGUGCCUGAUGCUUCCGCUCUGAUGAAUAAGUAAGGGAAAGAUACUGACUACUAAAGAGCUGACAUAAGACUUUGGAUAGUAACCAGCACUUGGGUGCACAAGUUGGAGGAUUAAUACAUACAACAGAGUGGAUGGGGCUUGACCCAAUGGCUAGUCAGUCACAGCCAAAGUAUGAAGAAAUGUAAGUGAUUUUACAGUAGUAGAUGCAUUUCAUAACAGGGUUGUAUCACCUUGAUACAGUUUUAGUAAGGAAGAUAGGAUAUAGUAUAAAGGGUCAAUAUGACAAAGCCUUUGAUAAUUCUAAAGAUGUGUAAGAAAUAAGACCAUACAUACACACAGAACAUAGCUUGAUCAUACCUCAUGCUUAUCUCUCCAACUUCCUCUAAAACCACCCAACAUGUCCCUUCAACUCAUGUUCCCUUUCCAUAUGGUUCUCCCCAGCCUUCAUUAAAUAGCCACUGAGGCCAAUUGGUGCUGACUGAAUAGAUAUGGAGCUUGGGCAACCUGUCAGUCACCAUAUCCUCAAGGAAAAAGGAGCCUUCCCUCUUUUAGCUUGGGCCUUGUGAGCCCCUCCUCAUCCAUGCUAGAUUUUUGGCUGCCUUGAUCCUUAACAGGUUUUAUGUAGGUAACCAAACCGUGUGUUCACGCCUGUAACAGGUAACCAUACCCGUGCAUUCAUGCCUGUAAUGGCUGCGUCAUUUAUGACAUUCCUCACUUCCCCACCUCCAGGCUACAUUCUUUCCAUCCCUUCUUCCUUGAUGCUCCCUGGGCCAGGGGUGGGAGCACUCACUAACUUAAAGAUUCCAUCUGAGGCUGAGGACUCAGCCACUUCUCGGCAUUUGGAUGACUCCUCACUGCCUGUUGCCCACCGCACCAAGACACUUCUGACCCCUGAGGAUGAGCGCGAGCUGCUGCCACAUUUGCACAGGUGAUGUUCCUGACUCCAGGAGGCCUUUUCUGGCUCCUCAUACUCCUCUACCAUCCGGUCUGGUGCUGGAAAACUUUGACCAGACAAUUGUCUGCCCCACCUUUGGAUCACUGGAGAAUCAGCAGGACUUCAGGACUCCAGAGUUUGAAGAAUUUAACGGGAAGCCCGACUCCCUCUUUUUCACCGAUGGCCAGAGGCGAAUCGACUUCAUCCUCGUGUAUGAAGAUGAGAGCAAAAAGGAGAACAAUAAGAAAGGGACAAAUGAGAAACAGAAGAGGAAAAGACAAGCAUACGAAUCUAACCUUAUCUGCCAUGGGCUGCAGCUGGAAGCAACAAGAUCUGUUUCUGAUGACAAGCUUGUGUUCGUAAAAGUGCACGCGCCCUGGGAAGUGCUGUGCACCUAUGCUGAGAUCAUGCACAUCAAACUCCCGCUAAAGCCAAACGACCUGAAAACGCGCUCGCCCUUUGGCAACCUCAACUGGUUCACCAAGGUCCUCCGGGUGAACGAGAGUGUCAUCAAGCCAGAGCAGGAGUUCUUCACUGCCCCUUUUGAGAAGAGCCGGAUGAAUGAUUUCUACAUCCUCGAUAGAGAUUCCUUCUUCAACCCUGCCACCAGAAGCCGCAUUGUUUAUUUCAUCCUCUCUCGGGUCAAAUACCAAGUGAUGAACAACGUUAACAAAUUUGGGAUUAAUAGACUGGUCAGCUCUGGAAUCUACAAAGCAGCGUUUCCUCUGCACGACUGCAGAUUCAACUAUGAGUCGGAGGACAUCAGUUGUCCUAGCGAGCGUUACCUCCUGUACAGAGAAUGGGCUCACCCUCGGAGUAUAUACAAGAAGCAGCCCUUGGAUCUUAUCAGGAAGUAUUACGGCGAGAAGAUUGGAAUCUACUUUGCUUGGCUGGGCUAUUACACGCAGAUGCUCCUUCUCGCAGCUGUGGUGGGCGUGGCCUGCUUCCUCUAUGGAUAUCUUGAUCAGGAUAACUGCACUUGGAGCAAAGAGGUCUGUGAUCCUGACAUCGGUGGCCAGAUCCUGAUGUGCCCCCAGUGUGACAGGCUGUGUCCGUUCUGGAGGCUGAAUAUCACCUGUGAAUCUUCUAAGAAAUUGUGCAUCUUUGACAGUUUUGGAACCCUGAUCUUCGCUGUAUUUAUGGGAGUGUGGGUUACAUUGUUUUUGGAGUUUUGGAAGCGGCGCCAGGCAGAGCUCGAAUAUGAAUGGGACACCGUUGAGCUACAGCAAGAGGAACAGGCCCGGCCAGAGUAUGAGGCCCAGUGCAAUCACGUGGUGAUAAACGAGAUCACUCAGGAGGAGGAGCGCAUCCCAUUUACCACCUGUGGGAAGUGCAUCCGGGUCACGCUGUGUGCGAGCGCCGUCUUCUUCUGGAUCCUGCUCAUCAUCGCCUCUGUGAUCGGGAUCAUUGUCUACAGGCUGUCCGUGUUCAUCGUAUUUUCCACAACGCUCCCCAAGAACCCCAACGGGACAGACCCGAUCCAGAAGUACCUGACCCCACAGAUGGCCACAUCCAUCACAGCCUCCAUCAUCAGCUUCAUCAUCAUCAUGAUCCUCAACACGAUCUACGAGAAGGUGGCCAUCAUGAUCACCAACUUCGAGCUCCCAAGGACCCAGACGGAUUAUGAGAACAGCCUGACCAUGAAGAUGUUCUUGUUCCAGUUUGUCAACUAUUACUCCUCAUGCUUCUACAUCGCAUUCUUCAAGGGCAAAUUCGUGGGCUAUCCCGGGGACCCAGUGUACUUGCUGGGCAAAUACAGAAGCGAAGAGUGUGACCCGGGGGGCUGCCUCCUUGAACUGACCACACAGCUGACGAUCAUCAUGGGGGGAAAGGCAAUCUGGAACAACAUACAAGAAGUCUUGCUCCCAUGGGUUAUGAAUCUAAUUGGACGAUAUAAAAGAGUCUCGGGAUCAGAAAAGAUAACCCCACGAUGGGAACAGGAUUACCAUCUGCAGCCCAUGGGCAAGCUGGGAUUGUUCUAUGAGUAUCUUGAAAUGAUUAUUCAGUUUGGGUUCGUCACUUUAUUUGUGGCCUCUUUCCCACUGGCUCCCCUGCUGGCUCUGGUGAACAAUAUUUUGGAAAUAAGAGUGGACGCGUGGAAGCUCACAACCCAGUUUAGGCGCAUGGUGCCCGAAAAAGCCCAGGAUAUCGGCGCGUGGCAGCCCAUCAUGCAAGGAAUAGCCAUCCUGGCCGUGGUGACCAACGCCAUGAUCAUUGCUUUCACAUCAGACAUGAUCCCCCGCCUGGUGUAUUAUUGGUCUUUCUCUAUCCCUCCCUACGGGGACCACACUUAUUACACCAUGGACGGCUACAUCAACAACACUCUCUCUGUCUUCAACAUCACGGACUUCAAGAACACAGACAAAGAAAACCCAUACAUUGGGCUUGGUAACUAUACCUUGUGCAGGUACCGUGACUUCCGAAACCCACCUGGGCACCCACAAGAGUAUAAACACAACAUCUACUAUUGGCACGUGAUUGCCGCCAAGCUGGCCUUCAUCAUUGUCAUGGAGCACAUCAUCUACUCUGUGAAGUUCUUCAUUUCCUACGCAAUUCCAGAUGUGUCCAAAAUCACGAAAAGCAAGAUCAAGAGGGAGAAAUACCUCACGCAGAAGUUGCUUCACGAGAGUCACCUCAAAGACCUGACCAAAAACAUGGGGAUCAUCGCCGAGAGGAUAGGAGGAACGGUUGACAACAGCGUGCGGCCAAAACUCGAAUGAGCGGGAGCUUUAGGCCUGGAGAAGCACUUUAAAGAGAAUUAGCUGUCAGACGUGUGUGAAGCACUAGAGAGGAUGGCAUUGGAACUCCUAGGCAGGCGGAGUCUUGCCCAUGCCCAUUUCUGCCUGUGUCAUCUUCCAGUUUCAGCAAGCAGUGUGGAAACUGGAGAACAGAAAACUGAUCAGGCAGAGCCUAAAACCACCUACCUGGAGGUCCUGAACAUGCUCCCUCUUUUGAUAAAUUGGAAUUUUAGUAACAGGAAAAAAAGCCCUGAGGUGUGCCCAAGUUCUCCCCGGGACUUCGCUUUUCUGACCUCACGUGUGCAGAGCUCCUUUUCUGUGCUUAAUUUUGCAUUUUGCCAAAUCUAUCCCAGACCUAUUUUGUCCGGACAGCACCAUCACCAAAGACCAGGCAGACCUCAGCCUUAAUCGCCUCUGUGUUAUCAACAAUAGCCAGCUCAGGAUUGAGUUUGGAUGCUGUGUUAGGUCCCAGGUAGGCUCAAGAGUUCACAGUAUUUCAGUGUCUUACUGUACACUCCAAGGAAGGAGACUCCGCUGCGUAUGAAACAGCUUCUGUAUCAUUUCAGCCUGUAUUUCCACCUCCAAGAAAUACUCGUCUUAGAUUGGCAUGAAGAUGGAGGGUAUUGAAUGAAGAAGCCUGUCCCUGUUACUCCACGGUGACAUUUGCUCUCUAGCAAUACUCCCAGCAUGCUCUGGGUCUGACCAAUGUUGACUGGCUUUCAGAUCUUAAGGGUAUAUAAGAUGAAAAGGUAGCAGCCCUUGUUGAUCUGAACGGUUAAUUUAUCUCUUCUUGGUAGAUGAUAAUCAAAUGAUUGUAACUGUCUCGUCCUCAGCAUCAUGGGCCGGGAAGCCCAUCCACUUCAUGAGAACGGACUUAGCAGAUGCAGAAGGGUGGCACUACCAAUCACCAAGCGCCUUCUGCCUUGCUCGCUGAAAAAGGCUGGUGGCCUGACGACACUGGGCGUAGUCAGAGCAACAGCCAGCUACCCAAUCACUAGCCAUAUCCUGUGAUCCCUCUGUGGCAGAUGUCACUCACUGGGAACCCUACUGACUUCUCUGCUUGCCACGGUGACCAGCUUCCUUGCCCAGCUCCAUUCGUUGCCUGCUAACUCGUUUGUAAUCACAGCUGGGCUGGAGACAAGUCUACCAAGAUUGUUGCCCUUUGAGGAAGGAAACCCUGGGUUGAAUUUGAGCCCCAAGCCUCCUCUCAAGCCAUCAGGGGGUUAUGGGAAAGGCUGGUUUAUCUGCUGGUGGCUUGCUGCGAAGCCUCAGCUUCCUAGUGCCUUGCCCUCCCUGUUGCUUGGCUGAGCAGUCUCUCUGCAGCCUGUGCUCCGCUUCUCCUCCAGUCCAUCUGGAGGAGACAUGGCGAUACCUCGCACCCUUGACUGAUCACAGAGGUCAGUGCUGGGUGAAGAAGGGAGGACCUGCCUCACACUGUUUGGGGAUCGGGCCGCUGCUGACUGGAUGGGUGUGGAAUGCCUCGGUGCCUAGGAACCAAGCCAAGGAAAGUGAGCGGUUUUAGAGACUGCCUUCUCAACACCCGUGGUAUUAAAUGCCCACCACGAAUGAUUUACUAGAGAAUUGAGAAUCAACAUGAUUAAUCAAAGCAGUGUUCUGGGCUUUUGAGUAGCCCAGGGGGUCAGUGUGGGAGUAUUUCCCCUCCUCCCUUGUCCUGGGAGUCCAGAGCCCGCCAUACAGUGUCUAUCUGUGCUGAGAUAAAAAUGACUACCUUCCUCCCUGAGGGAUGCUCUCAUUGCACAGCUGAAACCAAGUGCCACUCCUUGCCCCUACCCCCAGAUUGCCCUGGAGUGCCCUGCUCCCUCUGUUACCUCUUUUCCAGAGCCUGUGCUCACUUCCUAAGGACAGGAAAGUACUCCCACUCCAUACCAUAGAAAGAGGAAAUUUUCCCUUCCUUUCUUUGUAGACACAAAGAAAAAUGUCAAAUAAAAAGUGCAUUUCUUCAUCUAUAUUCCCCAGCCAAGAACUCCCUUCACAAAGUAGAAAGUACCACUAUGGACAGAAGAAGGAGGAAAAAAAAAAAAAAAAAAAAAAAAAAAACUUCCUUUUCUGAAAGGAGCACUCAUGGCAUCUGAUGCUACCAGAAUGCUGAAUGACAGCAAGGUUGCUGUGAGCUGUAGGUUCCCAAUGGCGUCAGUGUCAUUCCUAUGAGGCCUGUGCCAAGUUGGUGAUGGAUAGGAACAGGGGACACCUUCGGUGGCAGUGAGGUAGACCCCAGGCCCAGGAAAACCAAGGGCAUGACUGUGGCCACCCACCUGUCUAGCAUGAGCCACUAGAGAAGUUCCAUCCUUUUGUAAUGCCUUUGCAUUUUAAUGGAUUAAUGUGGUAGACCCAGUACUCAGGGGAUUUUUCCUUAAAUGCUCCUCGGAUGUUUUAGGUAUUCCGUUAGAAGUAGAAGACCACAAUUUUUCUUGAAAUUGAAAGAGGCCGUCUGGUAAUGAGUUUGUCAAGGUUUCCCCUUUGCAGGGCACGUGGGUCUUGAGUUUCAUAGGACAUCCGUUUGUGAUGGGGCAGAGCGGGGUGAGUUGGUCUCACAGGUCUUGUGUGCUCCUUGUGUUCGUUCCUACAAUGGUUGAGAAGUGGAGACAGUGCAGAGCUCAGCUGAAAAGGGACUCGUGAUGCUUCCCAUACACUGUGUCCCCGGUGUAAUGUUUGUAACUGAUGUCUGUUAAUUUCUAUGCAUUUUAAUAUUUUUUAAUUAAUGAGCAUUUUAAUAAAAUCAGUUUUACAAACAA